AUGAUAACCAGAGAUACACCAAAUAAUAAGACGGACUCUCCGCAAACUGCAAUAACAGAGCCUGAAAUUGGGAGGAAGACCUCUUUCACGUCGUCAACGUCAUCUUCUGGCGAUGAAACCUUCAGCGAACAUGUACAAUUGGUUAUAGAACAUGCGAAGCACACUAUAAAACGAGUGAAAUCUCAGCAAUCAACACAGUCUUUGGAUGGUGAACGAAAUAACACCAAAAAAAGUGCUGUUUCCUUUGAUGAAUCGGACAUGAUCCCCGUGACUGCCUAUCCCAACCAGAAGAUGCAUCCAAUCAGCCCCUCCGAAGAUACGGGUGCAUGUAAACCCACUACCGAGCUUCAUGCAAUUGGGAAAGAUGGGGAACUGGUGGAUACCGUCGAAAAUCUAAUACAAUUGCUGGGAAAAUCGCAGGAACAGGUCAAACAACUAAAAUUCAAAAACUUUAUGCUCACGGCUGGAUUACAUGAUUCGGAUUCUAGGUUUGAGGUUGAAAAGAACAUAAAUAAACAACAAUUUGAAAGAAUCAAAUGCCAACUGAUACUUGAGAGUCAAGAACUAUUAGAAAAAGUUCGUGUUCAGGAGCUCAAAAUCACAAAAUACAAGGACAAAAUAAUUGAAAAGAACAAAGAAAUCAAUAAAUUAAUGAGAAUCCUGAAUGACUCAGCUGUGCCAAACCCUUAUUCUUCAACCAGUUCACCAAAAUCAGUUACCAAGCCUCGACUCCAUCGUAAUGAGAAAAAUCGUAAAGACUCAAACAUGCUAACGACUCUAGGAAUACUGGCGUCACAUGUUCUUAACGAAGGUAACGACACCGUGAAUAACAUAGAUAACACCGAAUCUGAUAUAUCUCACGACAGUGUCUCAAAUCAAAAUACAGUGCCGAAUCUGCCAAAGGCACAACAUUUCGUUAGCAUGCCUGUAUUACCCGAAGCGAGGUCGUCGUCGCUAACGCCCACCUCCGAAAACUCAACUUCCAAGCAAUCAUUUCAAUUACCUAAACUAAGAAGUUUUAGUACCGUCGACGGCACGGUCAAGGAUCCCAACUGA